AUGGAUAUGGAAGAUGAAAUUGGAGGCAGUGAGGAUUUGGGGAUUUACGUCUACCAUCCUACCGUCAACGGCGAACGCUCCUCGAAAAGGCGCAAAGUGUCUACGAGUAAAGAAGAUAAGCGGUAUCAAAAUGAUCAAUCGCAAGUAUUCGUUCCAUUGCUCGGUGGCAAGGAAUCGUCGGAACUAGUGGACGGAAGGAAGGCAACAUUCAAAGAACUUUGGUCUUCCCAGGAAGAACGAUGCAAGAAAGUGAUAGAGGAACUUGACUCUGGAAUCCUGGAGGACAUUACUUUCUUCGUGAAAACAGCAUCGCCGGAGGCUUACGCGGGUUGCAUCCCCACGUCGCUCGUCACCAUCGGAUCGAAUGUAUCAGCUCUUCCCAGACUCCUAGAUAUACUGCACCGGCGUUUGACCUCCGAGAAUUCCGGCCAGGUGAUUUUGCUAGAAUCAGGGGAUGCGCCGAAUCUAAAAGCAGUGCUGAAAACAAUUAUCAGAACUGCAGUUACAAGCACAUCUGGGAAUGAUGCUUACCAGAAUUUGUUUACGGAUAAAUCUGGCCCUCGAAUGCUGCCGUAUGACUUGAACGUCUUAUAUCAAUACGUGCUAAGUCAAGGAUCGAAAUCAUUAGUGUUGGCUUUUCGUGAUAGUGAGGCUUUCGACUCCGGCGUGCUGAAUGAUCUUCUUUCGUUACUCAGUUCUUGGGUUGAUCGAAUACCGCUCGUCCUUCUUUUCGGCAUUUCGACCUCUGUUGAACUCUUCGAAGGCCGGCUUCCUCGCUCUACCGUGGCUUUACUACACGGCAAACAAUUUGAGAUCCAUGAAGCCGAAGGAGCAAUUGAUCGUAUCUACGAAACGUUGCAGACUGGACCUGAUACAAGAUUAUGGCUCGGACCACACCUGAGCACAUCCCUGAUCGAGAAGGCCAGGGAUCACUUUCAGAGUCCAGAAGGAUUUAUUCGUGAGGUCAAGUAUGCAUACAUGUCGCACUUCUUUGCCAAUCCUCUCAGCCUUCUACUUUCGCCUUCCAUUUUCAAACAAAAAGAGCUGUGCGAUGCUAUUCGGAACUUGAAGUCUUUUAGAAGCUUUUGCGAACAAUUGAUUGAAGAAGGCGAGGCAGAGUCUGUCCGCGCUCUUUUACUUGAUGAUUCCGCCCUUUGGAAGCAAGUGCACGAGGCUGUGGAAGAUGGACUGAUUCAGAUGAAAGAACUUUUCAAUAAAAUGAAUACACUACGAUCACUCCAGACUACACUGCAACUUACCAAAGCGAACGGCAAUACGGAAAUGUAUAUUCGCGGAGUGUCUGGAGAUCUGAGUGAUUCUGUCACUAUCAAAGACCUAUCUAAUCAGCUGCAGAAGGUAGACUCAGAAAGUCUUAGAGGUAUCUUGGCUAUUCUUCGAGAAAAAGAUAAUAUGUCUGCAAGACUUGUGGAUGUUGACCAAUACGAACAAAAACUUCAGAGUUUACUGGCUACACAAGGCACAAACGAAACCCUUCGCAGCAAACACGACGAUCAAAACACCAGCGUCAAAACAACCAUUGUCAAAGACAAAGUGAACCUGACCAAAACCAAAAAGAAAAUUUCCGACGUCGAAUCCGCUUAUACCGAGUUACUUGAGAAGUUCAUCGAAGAACUCGAGACAAACCUGACUUCGAGACUUAUCAAUCCUCAAGACCUCUUUCUGCAUGAAGUGUUCAUAUUCGACCUCCGCAACCCACUACGAGACACAUUUGCGCCGCGCGCUAGAUUCUGUAUUGAGCGUGCCUUGUCCACGCCAUUCGACUACCUAGCUAACACAUCAUCUGGACACGAAGGUGGAAACCUUUCUGCCAGACAGCCCGAAACAGCUAUCCUAUAUCAGCUUUACCUCGAAUCAGGAUCAUUGGUCAAUGUCUUUGAUUUGUGGAAGGCGUUUUCAACCAUUUUAUGCGGUGACGAGCAACAGACUGAAAAAGAUGAGCGAUCUGCGUUGAUGUUAUUCUAUCGCGCAAUGUCUGAGUUGAAGACCUUGGGUAUGAUAAAGCCUAGUCGCAAGAAGGUCGACCAUGUUAGCAAGUCGGCCUGGAAGGGGUUGUAA